AUGAAGUGCUUUGAGAGGCUGGUUAUGGCACACAUCAACUCCACCAUCCCAGACACCCUAGAACCAAUCCACUUUGUAUACCGCCCCAACAGAGCCAUAAACUCCACACUGCCCUCAUGCCGACAGGUGGUGAGGGUAGGCAACAUCACAUCCGCUAUGCUGACCCACAACAUGGGGUCCCCACAGUGGGAGGUGGAUAAGGUCAAAGAGGUGGAUAAGGUCAAAGAGGUGGAUAAGGUCAAAGAGGUGGUUAAGGUCAAAGAGGUGGAUAAGGUCAAAGAGAUGGAUAAGGUCAAAGAGGUGGAUAAGGUCAAAGAGGUGGUUAAGGUCAAAGAGGUGGAUAAGGUCAAAGAGGUGGAUAAGGUCAAAGAGGUGGAUAAGCACAACCAACCUAACCAGCAUCAGGAAAAGAACUACCACAACCAACCUAACCAGCAUCAUGAAAAUAACUACCACAACGAACCUAACCAGCAUCAGGAAAAUAACUACCACAACCAACCUAACCAGCAUCAUGAAAAUAACUACCACAACCAACCUAACCAGCAUCAGGAAAAUAACUACCACAACCAACCUAACCAGCAUCAUGAAAAUAACUACCACAACCAACCUAACCAGCAUCAUGAAAAUAACUACCACAACCAACCUAACCAGCAUCAUGAAAAUAACUACCACAACCAACCUAACCAGCAUCAUGAAAAUAACUACCACAACGAACCUAACCAGCAUCAUGAAAAUAACUACCACAACCAACCUAACCAGCAUCAUGAAAAUAACUACCACAACCAACCUAACCAGCAUCAGGAAAAGAACUACCACAACCAACCUAACCAGCAUCAUGAAAAUAACUACCACAACCAACCUAACCAGCAUCAUGAAAAUAACUACCACAACCAACCUAACCAGCAUCAUGAAAAUAACUACCACAACGAACCUAACCAGCAUCAUGAAAAUAACUACCACAACCAACCUAACCAGCAUCAGGAAAAGAACUACCACAACCAACCUAACCAGCAUCAUGAAAAUAACUACCACAACGAACCUAACCAGCAUCAUGAAAAUAACUACCACAACCAACCUAACCAGCAUCAGGAAAAGAACUACCACAACCAACCUAACCAGCAUCAUGAAAAUAACUACCACAACGAACCUAACCAGCAUCAGGAAAAGAACUACCACAACCAACCUAACCAGCAUCAUGAAAAUAACUACCACAACCAACCUAACCAGCAUCAUGAAAAGAACUACCACAACCAACCUAACCAGCAUCAUGAAAAUAACUACCACAACGAACCUAACCAGCAUCAUGAAAAUAACUACCACAACCAACCUAACCAGCAUCAGGAAAAGAACUACCACAACCAACCUAACCAGCAUCAUGAAAAUAACUACCACAACCAACCUAACCAGCAUCAGGAAAAUAACUACCACAACCAACCUAACCAGCAUCAUGAAAAUAACUACCACAACCAACCUAACCAGCAUCAUGAAAAGAACUACCACAACCAACCUAACCAGCAUCAGGAAAAGAACUACCACAACCAACCUAACCAGCAUCAGGAAAAUAACUACCACAACCAACCUAACCAGCAUCAUGAAAAUAACUACCACAACCAACCUAACCAGCAUCAUGAAAAUAACUACCACAACGAACCUAACCAGCAUCAUGAAAAUAACUACCACAACCAACCUAACCAGCAUCAGGAAAAGAACUACCACAACCAACCUAACCAGCAUCAGGAAAAGAACUACCACAACCAACCUAACCAGCAUCAUGAAAAGAACUACCACAACCAACCUAACCAGCAUCAGGAAAAGAACUACCACAACCAACCUAACCAGCAUCAUGAAAAGAACUACCACAACAAACCUAACCAGCAUCAUGAAAAGAACUACCACAACCAACCUAACCAGCAUCAGGAAAAUAACUACCACAACCAACCUAAUCAUCAUCAGGAAAAGAACUACCACAACCAACCUAACCAGCAUCAUGAAAAGAACUACCACAACCAACCUAACCAGCAUCAGGAAAAUAACUACCACAACCAGCAUCAUGAAAAUAACUACCUCAACCAACCUAACCAGCAUCAGGAAAAUAACUACCACAACCAACCUAACCAGCAUCAUGAAAAUAACUACCACAACGAACCUAACCAGCAUCAGGAAAAUAACUACCACAACGAACCUAACCAGCAUCAUGAAAAUAACUACCACAACGAACCUAACCAGCAUCAGGAAAAUAACUAUCACAACGAACCUAACCAGCAUCAGGAAAAUAACUAUCACAACCAACCUAACCAGCAUCAUGGAAAGAACUACCACAACCAACCUAACCAGCAUCAGGAAAAUAACUACCACAACCAACCUAACCAGCAUCAUGAAAAUAACUACCACAACCAACCUAACCAGCAUCAUGAAAAGAACUACCACAACCAACCUAACCAGCAUCAUGAAAAGAACUACCACAACCAACCUAACCAGCAUCAUGAAAAUAACUACCACAACCAACCUAACCAGCAUCAUGAAAAGAACUACCACCACCAACCUAACCAGCAUCAUGAAAAGAACUACCACAACCAACCUAACCAGCAUCAUGAAAAGAACUACCACAACCAACCUAACCAGCAUCAUGAAAAGAACUACCACAACCAACCUAACCAGCAUCAUGAAAAUAACUACCACAACCAACCUAACCAUCAUCAGGAAAAUAACUACCACAACCAACCUAACCAGCAUCAUGAAAAGAACUACCACAACCAACCUAACCAGCAUCAUGAAAAGAACUACCACAACCAACCUAACCAGCAUCAUGAAAAUAACUACCACAACCAACCUAACCAGCAUCAUGAAAAGAACUACCACCACCAACCUAACCAGCAUCAUGAAAAGAACUACCACAACCAACCUAACCAGCAUCAUGAAAAUAACUACCACAACCAACCUAACCAGCAUCAUGAAAAUAACUACCACAACCAACCUAACCAGCAUCAUGAAAAGAACUACCACCACCAACCUAACCAGCAUCAUGAAAAGAACUACCACAACCAACCUAACCAUCAUCAUGAAAAGAACUACCACAACCAACCUAACCAGCAUCAUGAAAAGAACUACCACAACCAACCUAACCAGCAUCAUGAAAAGAACUACCACAACCAACCUAACCAGCAUCAUGAAAAGAACUACCACAACCAACCUAACCAGCAUCAUGAAAAGAACUACCACAACCAAACUUUUCCAUUAGGAAAAGAUACCCAGCAGUACUGUGAUGAUCAUGACAUGACAGUACUGUGA